GGGCGCUCAACUUCUCUCCUAUAGUCUCUCUAUCCCUGUGCAAUGGUCUACCAUGUCAUCAGGCACCCUUCGGCCGCCAUUUAGGAAGAGCGUAAAAGUCAGGCAGGCAUGCGACUGCUGUCGUGCCCGCAAGGUCCGCUGCGACGGCGCUAGCCCUUGCGCAAAUUGCACAAGCGCUACCUUUGAGUGCACCUACCUCGCGGUGCACAAGAAAACAGGCCCCAAGGGUCGACGGCGAGUGUCAACACAGCCUCGUUAUGCUGUGAGACCAGCAGUUCCUGUCAUCAACCUGCCGCCCGAGCUUCCAGCUGCCAGCCGUCCCGACUCGGAGCCUGAUAGCGUGGCGUCAGCUUCGCCUGAACCUGAGCAGCUACUUGAAGACCAGGCCGGACACCGAUAUGCGCAACUUGGGCCACACACUGCAGGCACACCGGUCGACGCUCGGCUUCUGGGAGGCCAUCAUGGAAUCUGCACCAACCUCAGGGACCCAUUCGGGUUUCAGCCUUCGCCCCUUGUGUCCACUGAGUUGGUAGCCUUAUGCUUGGAUGCCUUUUUCACCCAUAAAUAUCCCAUCACACCGAUUCUCGAUCGCCGCCAGAUGGAAGCUGCCCUGCCGCACCUUGCGGCUUUACCAGAGCUGUACGCCCUUUUAACGGCAUGCUGCGCUGUCAUGGUGCUCUCCCCUGAGAUCCUCGAGUCAUCCUCACCGUCCUCACCAUCCCCAUCUCCAUCAUCACCUUCAGCAGCAUCAAUAUCAACAUCAACAUCAACAUCAACAUCAACAUCACCAGCCCCACCUGCACUUCCCUCUGCCGAGUUCCUCAUAUCCGAAACCACCCGGGCCAGGCGGUUCUGCAACUACAUCGAGAGCCCAUCACUGACAACCGUUCAAACGUCCUUCUUCCUCUUCUCCGCCUUCUUCUGCCUCGGCAGGGACAACUCGGCGUGGUUCUACAUCCGUGAGGCCAUAACCAUGCUCCAGCUACUCCGCCUGCACGAGGAGGACACCUACGCCUCCAUCGCCCCCGACCAGGCCGCCUUCUCGCGCCGCCUGUUCUGGGUCCUCUUCAUCACCGAGCGAGCCUACGCCCUCCAGCGGCACAGGCUGCUGACCCUGCAGAGGACCCUCGCCCUCCCCGCCGUCGACCCGGCCGGGCCCGAGGCCCACAUCCUCUCGGGCUUCCUGGACCUCAUCUCCCUCUUCCAGCACUUCGACAACGACUUCCUCGCCCUGUGGAACCUCCCCCUCGCGACGCCCCCGCCCGCCGGCACCCCCCCUCCGGAACCCCUGACCCGACUACAGAGCGUCCUAGCCCGCCGCGGGCCCCCACCAGGCCACUGCGCCGAGAGCCAGCAGGCCGACCUCGUCGUGUCGCGGCAAUGGCUCAAGACCAUGGUAUGGCAGCUCUGCGUAUCCAAGACCCCACUACCAAGCUCCUCCCGCUCCCGCUCCCGCACCGCCGACGACAGCAUGACCCUCCACUACCCCGUGACGAUCGCGCGCGAGGUCGUCGCCGCGGCGCGGGACCUGCCCCGGGGCGCCCUCGAGGCCAACGGCGUGGGCAUCGUCGAGAAGGUCUUCGACAUCGGCUGCUCGCUGGCCGACGUGCUCGCGCUGGCGCCCCGCGCCGCGCCCCCCGAGGCCCUCGCCGUCGGGCCCCGCGACUGCCUCGUCGAGAUCGUCCGCAUCGUCGGCAACACGGUCCGGGGGGGCGGCGAGUCCAGGCACCUGCGCGUCCUGGUCGCCAAGGCGAGCGAGUGUCUGCGAGUGGGCGUGGACAGGGGGGUGGCGGUGAGGCCAUGUGUGAAAUGA